GCACCUUUCGUGAUUCCCACACCUCGCGGAAGAAUCCGGAGAGAGAAAAGGGGUUUUGAGGAGGCGAUUCUGGCCAUGGCGACGGAGCAGCCGGGGGAGACGCUCAUCGAGAAGAUAAAGGAGAAGAUCCACGGCGGGGAUUCCUCCUCCUCGGACUCCGAUGACGAGAAGUCGAAGGCGUCGGAGGUGGCGGAGGCUGUCAAGUCCAAGAUCUUCCGCCUCUUCGGCCGGGAGAAGCCCGUCCACCGGAUCUUGGGUGGCGGAAAGCCUGCUGAUGUUUUCCUGUGGAAGAACAAGAAAGCCUCGGCCAUUGUACUUGGUGGAGCUACCGCCAUCUGGGUCUUGUUUGAGCUGAUGGAAUACCAUUUACUUACUCUGGUCUGCCACUGCCUCAUAUUGUCCCUUGCGAUCCUUUUCCUCUGGUCCAAUGCCACCACCUUCAUUAACAAGUCUCCACCUCACAUACCUGAGGUGAUUAUUCCUGAAGAUUUGUCAGUGAACAUUGCGCUUUCUCUCAGAUACGAGAUCAAUAGGGGUUUUGCUGUUUUGAGGGAAAUUGCAGCUGGACGUGAUGUGAAGAAGUUCCUCGCCGUUAUUGUUGGAUUGUGGGUUCUUUCGGUCAUUGGGAACUGCUGCAACUUUUUGACCUUGUUUUAUAUAGCAUUUGUUACCCUGCAUACCGUACCAUUUCUAUAUGAUAAGUAUGAAGACCAAGUUGACUCGUUUGCGGAGAAGGCAACAGUGGAAUUCAAGAAGCACUAUGCAGUUAUUCAUGCCAAGUAUUUAAGCAAGAUUCCCAGAGGGCCACUGAAAGACAAAAAGGUCCAGUAGGCAAAUAAGCCCUGAAUUUGUCUGAUCUGUGACAGUUUCUGGUGUGGUACAUGGGAGCGAUUCCGGGUUUUCUAAAGUGGGUCAUACUUGUGUUGGGCAUAAUUUGACCAAGCAUGAUCAUUGCAUUGUAUCUCAUGUCUACUAAUGAUUUGAUUCUGUGGAAUCUAUGUUAUACAUGUAAUAUUUGUAAUGUGUGGGUUUGUUAGUAUAAGGAUUUUCAUUGGUUUGUUAAUCAUGUUUUGCAUGCCUUCUUGGAGGAUUCUGUAACCAACCAGAUGUCACAAGAAUUGGUCCAAGCUUGAAGGUUGGUCAAACAUUACUGUGCAUGUCUUUGCAGUUCAAAUAUUUUCAUUGUUAAUUCCUUUUA